GGAAACGCCCUGCCGCAGUUUACCGCCUUGACUCGUUGUCUGGUCGAAAAACACCGUCCCAGAAAAAAAAGGAAAAAAAAAAGUUACCGACUGGAGCAACUGGGCAACUUUUACAGUCAACUUUAUCUCUGAAAACAACAACAGCAACCACACCAAACUCCAGCGCUGACUCCAAAAUGGCGGCAUCAAAAGCGGGGGUUUAUUCGGCGGGAAUGAAGUCGGUGAAGAAGGACGCGGUGAAAAUGGAGAGCCCAGCUGAGUGAGCGGGGAGCGGGGAGAGCAGAGCGGGGAGCGGGGAGAGCAGAGCGGGGAGAGGGGGCUGGAGCUCCGGGAGUCCUGCCCUGCUGCUAGCAGGCUAGUUAGCAGGCUGAAACAGUUCGCCGUGUCGGGAUAAGUUCCGAGAUCUUCCUUUCGGCGUUCUCGGUUGCGGUGAGGCGGUGAGUUGCGGUGAGGCGUCUGCUGACGGUGCUGCUUGUCCUGAUGGAUCGAAGCAUGAUCCGAUGAUCGUUUAUUCUGUGGAAGUUCGACCUGAAUCUUUCGCCUGAGCAUCCGUACUGUCUCGUUUUCUCUCAACACCUUACGCCGUCCGAGAUGGGGCCUCGGUAGGUUCUUCAAGGAGCUUGAGGUUCCCCCGUCUGCUGGCGCUCAGCGUAUAUCCAUGAACCUUUCUAAACCGGACUCAGUCAGACGUAUCGGGCACGUUCAUACUGCCGAUGCCAGCUCAUCGGGGGAUGUGAUCGGCUUCAUUCAUGAACCCUGUGUCUGAAUCUGGGUACGGCCUGGAUGUUGGAUGCCCUGAGUGUGUUGAAGCGGCUGUUGCGGUGAUGAGGCAGGGCUCCUGGUGGCCUGUGAGGCUGACUGGGCAGCGGCCCAAGGUGAUGUGAUGGGGUGCAGGAACAGUAAGGUCCUCCCUGAGCCUCCAGGGGAUGUUCAGUUGGACCUGGUCAAAAAGGUCGAUCCUCCCCAGCCUCCUCAGACAGAUAUCUAUAAGCACUUCAUACGAGGGGAUGGCACUAGGAGCAAGAUGGGUGUGGCUGGUGGAGGAGGAGGGGGUGACAAGGCCGACUCCACCUCCCCGUAUCAGGCCCAGGCCCAAGCUGCCACUCCCACUGCUUCCGCCCAGCCACCCAAGGACCCGUCCGAACUGUCUGACCCUCAGCGGAAAAAGGUGGCAAAGUAUCGAGCCAAGUUUGACCCUCGGGUCACCGCCAAAUACGACAUCAAAGCUCUGAUAGGUCGCGGGAGUUUCAGCCGGGUGGUUCGCGUGGAGCACAAGAGCACGCGGCAGCCGUACGCCAUCAAGAUGAUCGAGACCCGUUACCGGGAGGGGAGGGAGGUGUGCGAGUCGGAGCUGUGCGUCCUGCGACGCGUCCGUCACACCAACAUAAUCCAGCUCAUGGAGGUCUUCGAGACGGCCGAGCGCGUCUACAUGGUGAUGGAGCUGGCCACCGGAGGGGAGCUCUUUGACCGGAUCAUCGCACGAGGCUCCUUCACGGAGCGGGACGCCACGCGGGUCCUGCAGAUGGUGCUGGACGGCGUCAAGUAUCUCCACACGUUGGGGAUCACUCACCGAGACUUAAAGCCGGAGAACCUGCUCUACUACCACCCCGGAGCCGAUUCCAAGAUCAUCAUCACUGACUUUGGUUUGGCGAGCAGCAGGAAGAAGGGCGACGAGUGUCUGAUGAAGACCACCUGCGGCACGCCGGAGUACAUCGCGCCCGAGAUCCUGGUGAGGAAGCCCUACACGAACGCCGUGGACAUGUGGGCGCUCGGGGUGAUUUCGUACAUCCUGCUGAGCGGCACCAUGCCCUUCGAGGACGACAACCGCAUGAGGCUGUACCGGCAGAUCCUCAAGGGGAAGUACAGCUUCUCUGGAGAGCCGUGGCCCAGCGUGUCCAACCUGGCCAAAGACUUUGUGGAGCGGAUCCUGACCGUGGACCCCAGCGAGCGGCUCACCGCCGGCCAGGCCCUGAAGCACCCGUGGAUCGUCAGCAUGGCCGCCUCCUCCUCCAUGAAGAACCUCCAGCGCUGUAUAUCCCAGAACCUCCUGAAGCGGGCGUCGUCACGCUGCCACAGCACCAAGUCGGCCCAGUCCACUCGCUCCAGCCGCUCGACCAAAUCCAACAAAGCACGGCGGGUGCGAGAGAAGGAGCUGCGUGAGCUGAACCGUCGAUAUCAGCAGCAGUACAACGGCUGAACCGGGGACCGUGACGGCCCACGACUGUAGCGGACCUUAAACUUUGGGGGAAAGAGCACUACAAUGACUAGCACCAUUCAAAGUUUUAGUGAAGUCCCAAAUCGUUGCCUUAAAGAGGACAAUGACCCAACUGGAUCCAUGUCGACCAGCAGAAGUUGACUGCUGCCCGUUGAGACUUCAAUGAUCGGACAAUGGCAGCGCACCAGAAAAGUUUUGAACUUCCAUCAUCUCUCCAUCCAUUCCUUUACUUUUUCUCUGGCAGGAUGGUGCCUUCCACUCCUUUUUGCUUUGGUUCUUUCAACCUUUGUGUCUCUACAUAUUUAUUUAUUAUUGUUGACAUGAUUAUUAGUCUCCAUUCAAAUGGUCACUGGAUAAUGACCUUCCACGAGGAUCUGUUGAACAGAGUUCUGGGUACUGAAGUUUGUAAGAAGAAAGGGAGGGUGGGGUGACAGAUCCCCGCCCCUCACUCAUUCCUGAUUGAAAAUUGCUGUGAAUUUAUUAUUGUACUAAUUGUACAGACCUUGUCUUCAGAUGUGGACCACACCCCGCGAGGUCAAAAUGAAGCCGUGUUUUUUGUUUUAUUAGUCACUUCUAAGCUUAUCUAAUCUUGCCAUUAUUGCUCUGUUGAUAUCAAAAGAUUGUGAAGCUGUUCAGUGUUAAGUCUUACAUGUAUUAGGCCACACAGCCCUGCUCAGUCAUGAAGUACACAACAUCCGUCCAUCCAUCUUCCUCCACUCUUCACCCUCAUCAUCUCUAAGGCUGAGCCCGGCCACCCGGUGGAGGAAGCUCAUUUCGGCCGCUCAUAUCCACGAUCUCAUUCUUUCGGUUUGGACGUAGAUGGACUGGAAGAUCAAGAGCUUUGCCUUCUGGCUCAGCUCCCUCUGGACCACAACGGUCCAAAAGGGUACGUGGUAAUGCUAAUGCUUCCGACUGCCCUGGCUCUUGAACUGCAGGUUCAUCGAGACCCUGAUGUGGAUAAGCAGAACGGUAACUUUACAGAAGAUGGAUGGAUGGAUGGAUAAAGGGCAGGAGAUGGAGGGAAAACUCCCAGCAUCACGACUGUGCCAGUGGAACAGAGGUUAGGUUUGUGGUUGAAGCUCCUCGGCUCGUCGUGGGGAGCCUCCUAAAUUUGUUUUGUGACCAAAAUGAAGGAAACCACUGAAAUCAAAUGAGUAUUAGUUUAUAUGAUUUAUAAAAGCAUAUGCAAAGGGUACCUUUUGUCUGUAAGUGCACUUAGAUCUGAACAAAGUCCAAAGGUAUGUUUAGAGAUGAGCCCUAGUUUUAAUGUUGAUUGUAAAAGAAUGAGUAUAUUCGGUUACUGUUGCAGUCCCAAUACAUAUCAUGUGUAGAUAGUCCUCAUCCUUAAUAAGGUUUUGUGACUGCUGCGUUACUCAGAGCUCUUAUCUAAAAUAAGACUCAGACUGGGGGUUUGUAAGAUUGUGGUAUGGUUGAAAUAGUAAAGUAUUACAGUAAGUGAAUUUUCUGAACUUAAAUCCAGUGUUGUAGUACUCGAGACCAGUCUCAGGACCACGUGUUGAAUGUCUCUGUCUCGGACAAAGAGGACUGUGUGGAUAUCACCGGUGUUUCCCAUUAAUCACUGAGUGAUGUCACAAAGUGAGGUCAGCAGAGUUCAGGUCGAGGCUUCACCACAAGACCACGAGCCAACAUUUGGUUAGCCAUCUAAGUACGCUGUAUAUUGCCUGGUCUUGGUCUUGACUUGGUCUCGACCCCUCGAAGUCUCGGCCUUGACUUGGUCUCGACCCCUCGGAGUCUCGGUCUUGACUUGGUCUCUCGACCCCUCGAAGUCUCGGCCUUGACUUGGUCUCGACCCCUCGAAGUCUUGGUCUUGACUUGGUCUUAAAGUCUUGGUCUUGACUUGGUCUCGACCCCUCGAAGUCUCGGUCUUGACUUGGUCUCGACCCCUCGAAGUCUCGGUCUUGACUUGGUCUCGAAGUCUCGGCCUUGACUUGGUCUCGACCCCUCCAUGUAUGUGGUGGUUUUGGUUUACGUGGUCUUGACUAAACACUGCUUGAAACAGUUCAAUCAAACGGCUUGUUAACUCACCUCCAAACUUGGUCAAAAUGUAUUAAUGAAAUUAGAUUUUUGAAUAUUUGAGGAAAAAGUGCUGAGGAUCGUCAGACCACAUCUGUACUUCACUAACAUUGUUUGUCUGUAUCGGACCUGUUAGUUUUAGUUUUCUUCUGUAUUUUGUCUCUUCAGAACUCUCCCAGAGUAAAUCGAUGACUACAGUGUGGUCUUUUCUUCUUCAUAUGAGCAUUUUGCUGUGAUCUCGCCCAGACUAUUAAAGUGUGUCGAUGCUGUUUGUGAACUUUUUUACUGGAAAACUUAACCGAGCCAUGUCAGCUGACCUCAGUUCUUCCUUUCUGUUUGUUUCUUUUCUUUCUUUAUUUUCCCCUUCGAUGUCAGAUUUAAAAAUCUUCAUCCCACUGCUGUUAUCAGUUCGGAUGUCUACGACUCUCGAUGGAACUAAAAGACGAUAAAGUGAGGCUGACGUUGGAGAUACUCCACCCAAAAUGUUUUUCUUUCUUUUUUUGUUGUAUUUACGCACACACUCGCCUUGAAAAGGUGCAAGUCAUUUGUAAAAGAGAGAUUUUGAGUGAAGUAUCACUUCAUCGAUGGCUCCUAGAGCGCGGCAUCUACGUGAAGAAACAUUUGUAACCUGUUAGAAAAUCUCCGCGAUCAUCUGGACUCAAACAAAUCGCUGUGGUCAAUGAAAAACCGAAUCAGUCCAUCAGAGGGUUUGCAGCACAUUUUUGUAAAACUGUUUUUUGUUUUUAUUUUAUAUAUAUAUAUAUCUGUGAUUUUUAUAUAAAUGCUGUCGUUCCUAAAUGAAGUAGCCAACUCGACACUGUUACCUGAAAACAGUCGUUCAUCUUUUCUUACUGUGUCUAAAUGAAUAACACUUUGAUUCUUCUACCAUUAACUUUUUGUCUGUUUGUUUUUUAUUUUAUUUUUUUAAACGGUGAGUUGUAUGUGCCAAUAAAACACUCGAACCUGAACGCGUUCGCAGAUCGCA